AUGCACAGAUAUCGGGGCGGAUCUAUGCGCAACAGCCGACCUAUGCGCAACAGCUUUUAUGAGCUUGGAGUUCGCACAUCCGCUGUAGAGCUCCAAGGAGAUGAACCACCCCGGGAGCUUCCUGUGUACCUCCGCUCUGGUACAAUGGCCAGUAAUGAACCUAGUUCUCAUCAAUCUGAUGAAGGAUACAAUGGGCUUCGUUCGCAGGGAAUUCGCCAUUCCCUGCAUUGGACCCACGAGAGUCAAGCUCGACCUCUCUCACUAGAAACAAAUACAGCUUCCCCAGCAUUUUCCCCGCCACAGUCAGCCACCAGCCCGCUAUCCAUGACCACUGCCGAUGCUUCUUCCCCUGUUAGCCAACAAACAUGUACACCUACGAACACUAUGUCACCCAAUGGCAUACAUGCUGCGCACUGCUAUAUGACCCCUGAUAUGUCAAAGAGUCAUACACCCGAGCUUCCCUCUAUUAGCCCAAUUCAAUUCUACAAUGGACAACAGAUGGAUCACGCACUUUCACAUUACUCGUAUGGCAACCGACAGAUCGGAUCGCCCACAGCUCCUGUCUCAUCGAACGGCCAGCAAACAGGUGCGGCUAUGUACCAGAACAAUGUGAUCAAUGAUUCAAUCUCUCCAUCUGCAUCAGUUCGCAAUGGUUCGUCUACGCAGCAUGCAGUCGACAGUGAUGUGCCAUCGCACAAUCUAUUCACCAAUGCAAACAUCCCCGAGCCUCACCACUACAUGCGCAAUGAUGGUGGGGCCUUUCCCAUACAGCACCCACAAGUUUCGAGGCAACAUCUACUCUAUAAUAUGAAUGCUGCAUACUCCAGGUACAACUUCGAAGGCCAUUCUCGAGGUCUGCCUGGCCACACUUACAUGCCGGCUCUCCAACAAUAUGGAGAUCCUUUGGAGAACUUCGAAUCUAUUCUUGGACCUCUAGACUAUGAGGAUCCGCCUUCGUACAGCCCGACAGGCCAUUACAUGCCACCACUGCCAGUGAUAGCUCAGGCAUCCAAUGUUGUCGUCGACGGGUCGCAGCAACCUCACAUACUACCUUCCAACCCCAUGAGGCAACAUAGUCGAGCUAGACAUGAUGUCCCCUCUAUGGCUUGCGACGACUGUGGGGAAGUAUUCACGGGCACAUACGCAAAGGGGAACCGAACCAGGCAUUACAAAUUGAAGCACAUGCUUCUAGAGCAGUCAUCCUGUCGGGAGUGCGGUGUUUUGUUCAAUCGUGCCGAUGCGUGUAAAAAUCAUGAGUGGAAGAAACAUCGCAUCCCCGGUACGAAGUCUGUGAAGAGAAAGAAGAAGGAAAAGAAGGAGAAGAAGGAGAAGCGCAUAUAUAUGCCACCGAUGGAUGAUGUCGAGGACUUAAUGGACAUUGGCGAUGCUUACUAG